GGGGAGAGCUUUAACCCGGUCACAACGUGGGGAAGUUGCGCACGGGUUCUUCUGCGUUGCCAUGGGGUUUUUGUGAAACCUAUUGACUACGAUAGGGUCCCUUCUUUUCUUUGAGUCUGUCAUUGUGGAGGUGGAGGAGGAGGAGGAGGAGGAAGAAACCGCUAUUACUUUUUUUUCCUUCUUACAGAGGCGCAGAGAGGAGGAGGAGGAGGAAGAAGAGGAGAGGGGAGCGAUAGUAGCAUCCAAGGGAGGAGGACGAGGAAGAGGAGAAGAGGAGGAGGAGGGGUGAUACUCCGCUACACACCAACUGCGAGGCACGGCGGCAGCGUUACGUUGACAGUUAACACUCCCUCUGCCAUCUUCCUCCAGCGGUGGACACAAUUCAACUUUGUGAACGGCUGUCUGGACAUGAGUAACACCUGAAGGUACUGCAUCUUCACCAUAGUCAUGAACUGAGAACAAAGUGGAGAGCGUUAAUUUCCUGUGACUAUCCGAGAUCUCGACACUAUGAGGUUGCUGAGGAGCCCCAGACUGGCCACCGUGCUGUUGGUGGUCAUCUAUAUUUGUGCCUUUCAUACGACCUCAGCUAUUGACAUCCCACUGGAAGUUGUGCAGCUGCCCACCAUCACAGCUCAGUCGCCCAGCACUCUCAUCGCCUUUCCCUUUGACGAAAGCUUCCCUGUGAUUUGUGAAGCCAAAGGGAAUCCCGAGCCAGAAUUCAGAUGGACAAAGAAUGACCAGGAAUUCGACCCCUUUCUAGACCCCCGCCUGAUGAAAGAAGAGAAUUCUGGGACCUUUGUGAUACCCAAUAAUGGGAACCUUACAGAGUACCAGGGAACCUAUCGCUGUUACGCCUCAAACAAACUAGGCAUCGCCAUAUCGAAGGAGAUUGAGUUCAUUGUGCCCAAUGUUCCUAAAUUCCCCAAAGAGACACUCGAUCCUGUUGUGGUAGAAGAAGGCCAGCCAUUUACUUUAAAAUGUGACCCACCUAACGGUAUACCUCCACUGCAGAUCUACUGGAUGACUAUUAAUCUCCAGCACAUCGAGCAGGAUCAGAGGGUGUCCGUGGGCCUGAACGGAGACCUUUACUUCUCCCACGCAGUGGAGAAGGACAGCAGGAGAGACUACUGCUGCUUCGCCUCCUUCCCCAGAAUACGAACGAUCGUUCAGAAGACCGCCAUGUCUGUCAUUGUCAAGACAAGAAAAAGUGACAGUUCAGAAAAUGCUAAUGCAAUUCUGGAGAGAAAACCCUCUCUUCUGACGCCCCCUGGUGGCAAAUCAGAGAUACAACUGGUCAAAGGAGAGGACCUGAACCUGGAGUGUAUUGCUGAAGGAUUUCCAACUCCACAGGUUGAAUGGAAGAAAAUGGGCCACAAAUUUCCUAGUAAAGUGAGAUUUGAGAAUCAUGGGAAAUUGGUGAUUGUGCCAAGAGCUGAGCAGGAAGACAGUGGGAAUUACAUGUGCAAGGCAAAGAACCCACUGGGAGAAGUUCAACAUACCUUCACCGUGACAGUCGAAGAGCCUCCAGAGUGGGUGUUUGAGCCUGAGAGUCAGCUCAGUAUGAUCGGCUCAGACGUGCACAUCAAGUGCUCUGCCAGUGGGAUUCCUCAGCCGACGACUACAUGGAGGGUGAACGGUGGACCUCUGCAGGAGUCCCCAGCACGAAACAGGAGGGUAAUUGGUGACACCAUAGUUAUACAUAAUGCCCAAGUUUCUGACAGUGCUGUCUAUCAGUGUGAGGCCUCCAAUAGACACGGAACCAUUCUGUCCAAUGCAAACAUCAUGAUCAUGAAUCUGCAGCCCAUGAUUUUAACAAGUGAGGGGGAGGAAUACUCUGUUGUGGAGAGGAAGGGAGUGACGAUGCACUGCAAGGUCUUCAGCUCUCCUCCUUCUACAAUCACUUGGAGCAAAGACGACUCCCCUGAAUCUGUUCAUGGACCCAGGUUUACCGUUCAUGAAAACGGGUCACUGAAGAUCUACAAUGUGGAGAGGGGUGACACAGGACAGUACACGUGUUUGGCCAAAAACACAGAGGGAUCAUCUGCUAUCAAUGCCAUGCUUUAUGUAAAAGAUCCCACUCGAAUAGUAGUGGCCCCGGCGGACCAGCGAAUCCUAAUAGGUACCACGGCCCAGCUCUCAUGCCUGGCGGAGUACGACAAGUCCUUCAGCAAUGACUUUGAGCUCCUGUGGGAAAAAGAUGAUAUGGAGAUAGCCCUCAACUACACUGUGAAUUCAAGAUACUUUGUGGAGAAUGGUGUUUUUCACAUCAUGAAUGUGAGCCACAGCGACCAGGGUGUGUACAGAUGUGUGGCAAAAACUCCAGCGGACCAAGACGUGGCCUCAGCCCUGCUCAUGGUGUUAGAUGUCCCCGAUGCGCCGGAGAACUUGGUACUGUCUGACCGCAAGGGCAGAAAUGUGACGCUGAAAUGGGUCCCCGGGGACGACCACAACAGCUCAACCACAGAGUUUAUUAUUGAGUACGAGGAGAGCCACUGGGAACCAAGCAACUGGAAGGAGCUGCUCCGAGUACCUGGGAACCGUAACUCGGCUGAGCUCAGGCUCAACGGCAAUGUCGACUAUUGCUUCAGAGUGUCUGCCGUGAACGCUGUGGGAACCGGGCGUCCUAGCGAGGCCACAGAGAGAUACAAAACUCCUCCAGAAGCCCCUGACAGGAACCCUGAAAAUAUCAGAAUCGAAGGUCAUUUGCCACAUGAAAUGGAUAUCAAAUGGGAGCCCCUGUUACCCAUUGAGCAUAAUGGUCCCAGCUUGGAGUACAAGGUGAGUUACAGACGACAAGAUGUGGAAGAAGACUGGAAGGAACACACAGUGAAGAGACACUCAUUCGUGGUGAGGAACACCCCAACUUUUGUCCCCUACGAAAUAAAGAUCCAAGCCAAGAAUCGUCAGGGCUUCGGACCUGAGCCCAAGUUAGUGACUGGCUAUUCAGGAGAGGACUUUCCCUCUGCUGCACCUGAUAAUGUAGCUGUGAAGGUGAUGAACAGCUCCGUGGUCAAGGUUAGCUGGACACGAGUACACAAGGACAAGUUACAUGGACAUCUGGGAGGCUACAGGAUAAGUUGGUGGCGCCUGCGCAGUCUGGUGGACUCAAAGAAAAGUCCCGGAGAUAAACACACGCUGACAGUCCCCGGGGAUAAGAACCACGCCACGGUACCAAGUCUGACGCCCUUCUCCGAGUACAGCCUCAUCGUCAUGACCUUCAACGGGCGGGGCAACGGCCCAGGCAGUCAUCCCGUCAACUUCAAAACCCCAGAGGGAGUCCCAGAGAAAAAUCAUGAUUUCAGGGUCACAGAUGUACAGAGGCACACUGUCUCUCUGGCCUGGAAGCCGCCGUUGGAGCCUAAUGGGAUUCUCAUUGGCUACCUCCUUAAGUACCAGCUCAUCAAUGACACAGAAGAAGUGGGACCACUGCAGACAGUAGACAUUAGCAAACCUGAGACCACCACGUGGAUCCUGCGUGACUUGGAGCCUUUGAGUAAAUACAAGUUCUACCUGUGCUCCUGUACUGCGGUGGGCUGCGGGCCUGACGUCAGCGACGAGUGCACCACCACCCUGGAAACAACUUCCAUUUUGGCUCCUGCUGUUGGCCUCAGCAAGUCAGCUUCCCCCUCACCUCCAAGCACUCCAAAGUCCCCUGUGACCAAACCCACUCGUUCCACCAUAGGUCUGGCCAGCAUUCACGGAGGAAUAUCUACCAAGGGCUGGUUUAUCGGGCUGAUGUGCGCCAUUGCUCUCCUCACACUCAUUGUGUUGAUCGCCUGCUUUGUCAACAGAAAUAAAGGAGGGAAGUAUUCCGUAAAAGAAAAAGAAGACCUUCACCCAGACGUGGAGUCUCAGGGCAUGAAUGACGACACAUUCUGUGAAUACAGCGACAACGACGAGAAGCCACUGAAGGGCAGCCAACACUCGCUGAGCAGGGAGAUCAAAGCGGUGGAAAGCGGGGACAGCCUGGUGGACUACGGCGACGAGGACGCUCAGUUCAACGAAGACGGCUCCUUUAUCGGCGAGUACGCCGGGCGAAAGGAGAAGAGGGCGUCCGCUGAGAUCAAAGCCACCAUUCAGACCCCGGCAUGAGGAGCAGAACGGGCCAUCCAGUUUCCACGAAAGCUGUCGGAACAAAAAAAGAAAAACAGGAAACAGACAUUAUUCAUGCGGAGCGCAAGUUCUGUGUCAAACGUAAUGUGUCGUUGCCAAGUGCACACUGCCAUUCUCAUUUUAUACAGCUCUGUUUUGUUAAGUUGCAACAGAAUGACCAUUACUAAAUACAGUGUAUAUAUAGUGUAUAUUGUAUGUGUGGAGUGUCUUUUUUUAUAAUUGUUAUUACUCAAAAUUUUAGAGGGCUUUGUUUUUAUUUCCUUUCCUUCUGCUGCAGUACUCUUUGUACUCCCCUCUCCGCCGUGCAGCGUUAUAUGCAGCUUCGCCUCUGGUGUCACCUUGUAGCAGGCCACAGAUAAAGUGGGGAUAUCAAGUUGAUAUUUUUUCAAUUGGAACUUGUAUUACUGACCUUUUAUAUUUGAAAUGGAUUCAUUGAAUAUGAUAUAAGAUGUGUAUAAAGGUUUGCUUAUUAACUUAUUUUUUUUCCAGUGGUUUUAUACCUGACAGAAUAAUAAGACAGUUCACAUAUCAUUGCAUAUUAUAAAGACCGCUUCCUCCUCCUGAAUCUCCUUGUGAUGUUAGGAUAUACUAUUUAGUUGUACCUUGUUUAGAAACAUUUGAGCUCUUAGUUUAAAUCACACAUUUACUGUAACAGCCAAGCGGUGCUUCAGCAGAUUUGGGGUAAGAAGUUUCAGAAAUGUAAUCCAUUACAGGUUGAUAUCAUUAAACAACUAUACGCAUAACCCAGUCUUGAUUAAAUUGGAUUUAACCACCAGUGUGUUGAGUUUUACAAAUCAAGAAUGAGCAGAUCAACACAAUUUAUUGUCAGUAUGUUAAAAAAUAAAGCUGACAUAAGUAAGGGAAACAAGGGAAAGAAGUAGCUCUAGCAUAAUACAAAGGAAAGCUUAGGAAUGCAAUAUGGUAUAUGUUACAAACAUGAAGGAUGUGUUGAUUUUUCCAUUCAUGCAGGCCCUGUUUGUUUUUUUUACAUUGCUACUUCAUUAAAUUAGUAAUACAAUGUCAAUUGUUUUUUAGAGAUGUUCUUUAAAAAAAUCUACAAAAGCUAAGGUUUUGUUUUUUAAAUUUGUAGCCUGCAAAUUGAAGCUGUGGCAUCGCUAUGUCACUGUCAGUACCUGCAAUGGAUUACAGGCUUCUUUUCUGUCAAUCAGAUUACUCAGUCCGGUUUUAAUAUUUGCCAUCCACCUGCACCGCUAAUUCAGUGUGCUAUAGUGAAGUGUUAUAUUGGUUUUGUUAAGCCCUACUUUGAGUAUGCUGCCACUCCAAAACAGAAUCACUUCUAUUGUUCAGCAUUAACAUUAGCAACAUGAUCGGGAAAACUGCAGUGUUUUGUAAAAGUUCACUCAUUGCAUUGCAUGUUAUAAAUGUUAAUUGGUGUUUUUCAAUGUUAUUAAAUUGCUUUACUUUCCUA